AAAACUCCCCUCCACUUCGAUAGACCCUUCCCAGUUCACCGCUCGCCGCUCUCCAUUUCAAGGUCUCGCUCGGGACAAAGCCUUUGCCGCCAUUGGAGCUCUCACAAGGAGCUACUCAUGGAUUGCAUCCUCGACCGGCUGAAGGGGCGGAAGAGGAAGGAGCAACAGAGAGAGGAGCUCCGGCGACCGGAUUUCUGGGUAGAGACCUCUGAUUCUGUAUCUCAUCUCUGCCGCUUCGAUGCCGAUGGCCACCUCUCGGUGAAGGUGCUCACAGAUUCCCGGCCAGUAGUCCAGAGGGUGGUGGAGUCUUUCCUGAAUAAAUUUUUCCCAUUGGGAUACCCUUACAGUGUAAAUGAGGGCUAUCUGACCUACACGCAGUUUCGAGCUUUGCAACAUUUUUCCAGUGCUGCACUUUCUGUUCUCUCAACUCAGUCUCUUCUAUUUGCUGCAGGCUUGCGACCUACCCCCGCACAAGCAACUGCAGUAAGCUGGAUUUUAAAAGAUGGCAUGCAACAUGCUGGAAAACUAAUAUGCAGUAGUAUGGGUGCAAGAAUGGAUGCAGAGCCAAAGAGUUGGAGGAUACUGGCUGAUGUUCUCUACGAUCUUGGUACGGGAUUGGAGGUCCUUUCACCAUUAUGCCCCAACCUCUUUCUAGAAGUGGCUGGUUUGGGCAACUUUGCAAAGGGAAUGGCAGUUGUUGCAGCAAGAGCAACGAGGUUGCCAAUAUAUUCUUCUUUUGCUAAAGAGGGAAAUCUCAGUGACUUAUUUGCCAAAGGGGAGGCCAUCUCAACAUUGUUUAAUGUUGUUGGAAUGGGAGUAGGCAUUCAAUUAGCAUCCACAGUUUGUUCAUCACUUCAAGGAAAGUUGCUAGUUGCGCCUCUACUUUCUGCAAUACAUAUUUAUAGUGUGACAGAAGAAAUGCGAGCAGCUCCAGUUAACACAUUGAAUCCUCAAAGAACAGCGAUGAUUGUAGCCAAUUUUGUCAAGACAGGUAGAAUAUCAAGUCCUGCUGACUUAAGAUACAGAGAGAAUCUUCUAUUUCCCGAUCGCAUAAUAGAGGAAGCCGGAAACGUCAAAGUUGGGCUUCCAUUGCGCAAUGUCAUGCAGAAUUUUUCGAAGCUCAAAGAGCUUAAAGAAAUAUUCCCCGACGAGAAGUUUCUAAUCAGUCAUAAAGGCAAGAAAACUUGUAUGAUCCUCGAGCACAAUGCGACAGGAGAAGAUGCAUUACGAGGCUGGUUGGUUGCGGCUUUUGCGGCCGCAGAUUUGGAGAAAUCAAACACCCAGUCCCAGACUGUUAUGAUGUCUGCCUAUGCCAAGAUGGAAACAAUUUUUCCAAUGCUUCUAUCUGAGCUGAAAACCAGAGGAUGGCACACUGAUCAAUUCUUAGAUGGAAAUGGUUGCAGAUUCUCAUUCUAACUUGCUGAUUGUUUGUUUUACCUACUUAAAAAUUUUAUCAGCAAAUUGUUAAUGUUCUAAUUCAUUGUUUCUUCCUACUGAAUGAGAAAGUGGGAAAACACAUGUUCUGCUGUUGAACAAUGAUUUCUGUUGCAAGAUUGAAUUUUGAAGAUGGCUUCAGUUAAGAAAU